AUGAAAUUUAUUCCAGAGCUGGGUCAAUGGAGGAGUAGAAGGAGUACCAAGAAAAGAGGGAAUAACGGUCAUGCCAAAAAAGGCCAUGGCCAAGUAGAGCCUAUUCGUUGCACCAACUGCACCCAAUGUGUGCCCAAGGGCAAGGCCCCUAAGAAGUUUGUCAUUCAAAAUAUAGUGGAGGCCGCAGCCGUUAGAGACAUUUCUGAAGCAAGUGUCUUUGAUGCCUAUGUGCUUCCCAAGCUGAAUGUGAAACUACAUCACUGUGUGCGCUGUGCCAGUCACAGCAAGGCAGCCAGGAAUCAUUCUUGUAAAACCUGGAAGGACGGAACAUCCCCACCCCAAUUUAGACCUGCUGGUGCUGCCCCACGACCUCCACCAAAGUCUAUGUAA